CACCACUGAUUAAUAAGCAGGCCCUGCUCCCGAGAUCUAGAAGUUCGCUCAGCGUUUGGCACGUCAGCGUGCAUCGAGUUACAAACACGGUCCAUCCGUUCGAUGAAAAGGACAGAUCGCAAGUGUCUCGCAAACAAUUCGUUCGUCCAUAACAUAGCUUGGGGCAUUUGGGAAUCUGUCUGUUAACCAUGUCACUAGACGUUAAGCUAGCUCAAGCCGUGUAAGAUGGUGUCAUCCCCGGAGCUGUCCUCCUCGCGGCCAGCACCUCAGUUAAGCAGCGACGCCGCACGCCAUGUUGCCUCGCCCGACCUUGAUUCACUACUGACUCGGCGACCACCCGGCAGGACAUGUCGACAACGCAAAUGUCGUGGGCCGGCGCUCGCUACGGGUCGGCAUCGAGGAUCCGUUUCGUCUCGAUACCGUCUUCACCCUCGCCUCCAUGACCAAACUGCUCACCGCACUGUGUGCCCUACAACUUUUCGAGCGCGGGGCCCUUACCCUCGACGCUGACGUCUCCCAGCACGUGCCCGUACUGGCGCGGCAGCGCAUCUUGACGGGCUUCUCGCAGGACGAUGGGUCGCCACUGCUCGAGCAGCGGGGAAGUCCCAUCACAAUGCGCCACCUACUCACGCAUAGCUCCGGCGCUGGGUACCAUUUCAUGGACACCCGUCUGAAGCGCUACGUCGAGUACACCAAUAGGGAAAAUCCAGCCGACAUCAUCGACGAUCUAUUCGACCUUCCGCUCCUGCACCAGCCUGGGGCAGAGUGGACGUACAGCAGCGGCAUCACAUGGGCCGGCAAGGUCGUCGAGAAGCUGACGGGCCAGAGCCUCGACACAUACAUGGAUAGCAAUAUCUUCAAACCCUUAGGCAUCACACGUAUUGCUUUCUUCCUGCCCGCCACCCAUGUCAGCGACAUAGCAACUCGCAACGCUGCCACCGGCGCGCUCGCACCCGGUCCACCGGGCCUGCCCUUCUUGCCGCCGCUCAAGAAUGCUUCGGUGGAGUGGGUGCGUACGGAAGUUUGACGGACUAUUUCAAGGUGCUGCGCUCACUAUUACUCGACGACGAGAAGCUACUGCGAAGAGCGACGGCACGGCUGAUGUUCGAGCCGCAGCUACCAACCCAGGCGGCUACGGACGGGCUGCGUGCAGCCUUCGAGGACCCCAGUUGGGCUGUCGGCGAUUUUUCCAGCCCCAGGGAGUUAGACCCGGCAUACGGUGGCCUCCUUGUUGUCGGGGACGCUCAUCCCUUUCGCAUGAGGGGACACCUGAGCUGGAGCGGUGCGGCCAAUCUCUAUUGGUUCAUCGAUCGUGGCGCUGGUGUAUGCGGGGUCUGGGGCACGCAGGUCCUUCCCCCGGCCGACGCGGCUGUCGAGCAGCUAAUCAGUGCUUUUGAGAAGCACGUGUACGAAAUGGCGAAGGACGAAGACGGCGCCGAAGGGAGGUCCAAGUCGUUGGCGGAUGGUAGCCGUUAGAGUGUAACUAAGGGUUCCCAACCGAGAUGGGUCUGUAUCGCAUAGCUCCAGGGGUAGAAAUGCUUCAGCUGCCAAAGGACAACUCUGUCGUUGGUCGAAUGCACGUGGGCUCUCUCAACCCAGAGAUCACCGCAACACCCCAGCGCGGACGAGUGCUUUUCGUUAUACCGAAGCAGAGGAGGGCCGGGAAGGGCCUGGCAAGUACACAGAUACAGAGCAGUCGUUAGAAUUGUUAGUGGGGACGUGAAUGCUCUGCGCGUCUGCGAGGACCGCCCACGACUCUGCUUACAUAGUAUAGUCGGACGCUGCAUAGCUGUCCACAAGGAGGUUGCUGGGACAGACUAGGGACUAUAACAUAAUCAAUCGAUCAAUCAA